AUGCUGGACCCGGCGGUAGAGGAUCAAGGGUAUGCUUCUGAGGUUGAUUUAACAUUUAAAUUCGCUAUUGCUGCAACAUGUUUUCUUGUAUAUGAUACUCUAGUUCACAUCUCGGACGAGGCGAGUGCUCCCAUUGUCAAAUAUAUCUGGGGAGGUCAUCAACGAUGGCUCAAGUGGACGUACGUUUUUGUCCGACACCUGCCGUAUCUUGCUCAAGGGUCCAUCCUCACGCUCACUGGCAAAGCCCAAUUUGACAAGGGCUUCACCUGGACGCAGACGCAAUGCAAGGACUGGAUCACAUACCAGUUGGCAUUCAAUGAGGCCCUUAUCAUCGUCGUGGAGGGCAUUCUUAUAUUUCGCAUCUACGCAAUGUAUAAUGGCAAUAGAUCACUUACUGCGAUCGUUCUGCUUCUCUUUGUAGUUGAAGUUACAGCGAUGAUCGCCGUUCUUGCAGUCAGCAUUCCAGACAUAGAAUUCACCAAGGAGUGUAUCAUUACAAAGACUCCCGAUAUCUUUACUUCAUAUUGGAUAUUAUCACUGUCUUUUGAAACCAUUCUCUUCUUCCUCACUUUAGUAAAAUUCUUCUCCAGCGUGAGCAGGCGUCUCGGCCGGCAAUCGAUCUUGUUUCUGCUUUUCCGCGACGGUACAUGGGCAUACGCCAUUAUCUUCCUCAUAAUGUUGACAAACAUCCUCUUGUACCAUAUUGUUAGAAAUCCCCUCGCAGGAUUAGGUUUCUUCUGGCAAUUAGCAAUCAUGUCAUUCGCGGGUGCACAUGUCCUCCUCAACCUACGGCGCCUCGCUGUGGGCAAAAUUUUCUCAACGGGGUCACCCAUGCUUAUGGACGAUAGCGCGCCCCACUUCACACCACGAUUUGGCCAUCUAGACGAAGGAACUGAGUCCACGGACGAGGGUCACGUCGCUGUCGAAAUGCACGAUAUGAAACCUAGUGUGACUGAGUUUCCAUGA